CUUCGCAGCAGCAGGUUGUGAGCUCGUCCUGGAGGAGCUGUGGGAUGCUGCCGAACACACCCUGAACAUUUAGCUGUCUGUUCACAUCAGCGUUCACCGACAAGCUGGACAACAUCAAAAUCUUCACCAAAUAUGUGGCGUAGUACCGGCUGACUGCAUCUGCUUCAGGUUUCUGUGAUGGCAGGGUCAAAGAUGUCUGUGCCUCUGGCUGUAGUGGUGAUCCUCUCAGUGCUGCUGACAGGAGCAACACUUGCUGGGCCUGAGAUGGACCCAUACAAAAUCUUGGGAGUAACCAGGAGUGCAAGCCAAGCUGAGAUCAAGAAGGUCUAUAAGCGUCUUGCAAAAGAAUGGCAUCCUGACAAAAACAAAAAUCCAGGUGCUGAGGACAUGUUUAUCAAGAUUACCAAAUCUUAUGAGAUCCUGUCCAGUGAAGACAAACGUGCCAAUUAUGACCGUUAUGGGCAGACAGAUGACACCCAACCACACGGCAGCGCCCGCUAUGGUCAUCGCCAAGACAGCUUUUACUUUGACGAGUCCUUCUUCAACUUCCCUUUCAACAGCAAAAACCAUAGGGACUUUGCUGACAGCAAGUACACGUUGCACUUUAACCAGUAUGUCAAUGACGUGGUGCCUGACAGCUACAAGAGACCGUACCUGAUAAAGAUCACCUCUGACUGGUGCUUCAGCUGCAUCCACAUCGAGCCUGUGUGGAAAGAGGUGGUGCAGGAGAUGGAGACUCUAGGUGUGGGGAUAGGCGUUGUGGAUGUUGGCUAUGAGAGACGGUUAGCCAAUCACCUCGGUGCUCACCGCACCCCAUCAAUACUGGGAGUCAUAAAUGGCAAAGUGACAUUUUUCCAUUAUGCUGUAGCAAAGGAGCACCUUAGGCAGUUUGUGGAAGAUCUUCUUCCUCAGAGACUAGUGGAGUGGGUCACCAACAAGAACGACCUGCAGUUCUUGAGCAGCUGGCAUGAACUCAACAAGCCACACGUGCUUCUGUUCGACCAAGUGCCUGUAGUUCCUCUGCUUUACAAACUGACAGCUUUUGCUUAUAAAGACUACUUGCAGUUUGGCUAUGUGGACCAGGGCCUUUCAGAGACUGCUAAUCUGCAGAAACAGUUCAAUAUCAACACUUAUGCUCCGACCAUGUUAGUCUUCAAAGAGAACAUAGACAAGCCGGCUGACAUAAUACAGGCUAAAGGAAUGAAAAAGCAAAUUAUCGAUGAGUUCAUGUCAAACAACAAAUUCCUCCUUGUGCCACGGCUGGUCAAUCAGAAGCUCUUUGAUGAACUCUGUCCUGUCAAACAGUUCCAUAGACGCAGAAAAUACUGUGUCCUGCUGAUCACAGGUGAUGAAGAGACCUUUUCAUUUGGAAAUCAGGCGUUUCUAUCAUUUGCCUCUACCAACACCAAGGAAGUUGUGAGAUUUGCAUAUGUGUAUCAGCGGCUACAGCAACCUCUUUGUGACAUCCUCAUGCAGAACAAGGACAGCACACAGUCACCAGCACAGGUGGUGAUCCUUGAAAGGCGUAAUGCUGCAGGGAAGGCCUUGUUCAAGCCAGUGACUGCCUGGAACGGCAGCGAGGAGGAUAAACAGUGUCUUCUGGAGGAGCUGCAGCGACUACAAAAGGACCCCUCCAUCCUCGUCCAUGAUGCCAUGCUGCCUGAGCUCAACAACGAGUUUGCCUCUAUGUUUGUAAUCCGAUGGAUCUAUGCAUCUUACGAUUACCUCUCUGAAGUCAUCGAUGAUAUUCUGCACAACAACUGGCGUGAGAUGAUGCCUCUUCUGUCCCUCAUCUUCUCUGCCUUGUUUAUCUUGUUUGGAACUGUGGUCAUCCAGGCCUUCAGUGACUCAAGUGAAGAUAAACAGACUAAACCAAAGGCAAAGGAUGGAACAAAAGCAGAAAAUGGGUCUCCAGGGACCAGCAGUACUUCAAGUCGGCCUCCGAAGAAGAAUUUUGUGGAGGUGACAGAGCUGACGGAUAUCACUUACAUGAGCAACUUGGUAAAGCUGAGGCCAGGACACAUGAACAUAGUGCUGGUGCUCACUGAUGCCUCCAAAAACAUCCUGCUUAGCAAGUUUGCCAAAGAGGUGUACUCCUUUACCGGGAGCCUGACGCUGCAUUUUUCCUUUCUGAAUAUCGACAAGCACGGCGAGUGGAUGAACACACUGCUGGAAUACGCCCAGGACGCCAUGCAAAUCGAUGCUGAUGAGGAUGACGCGGGAAACCACAAGAUGGACUACACUGGCUAUGUGCUGGCACUGAACGGCCACAAAAAGUACCUCUGCCUGUUUAAGCCCGUCUACACUGGGGAAGACCUCGACAGUAAGUCAUCUGAAGAUGAAGGUGGCACAUCAGGGGGGAGGUCGAGGUCCAGUUCCCGCGACGACCACCCCCCGCGCAGAUCCAACCGAUCCCGCAGCUUGUCCACCCUGCAGAUCCACCACAAACUGGACCGCCUGGGGUUGUGGAUGGAAAGACUCAUGGAAGGCACUUUGCCUCGCUACUACAUCCCCUCGUGGCCAGGACUGGACAAGAUCACCCCCAGUAAAUAGAUGGUGGUGAGUUAGGACUGUCACACUGAAAUGAC